GAUAGGUGACGAGUUAGGACAAGGUGAUGCAGGAGACACAGGAGGAGCAGAGACAGGAGGUGAUGCAGGAGACACAGGAGGAGCAGAGACAGGAGUUGAUGCUGGAGGAGACACAGGAGGAGCAGAGACAGGAGGUGAUGCUGGAGGAGACACCGGAGGAGCAGAGACAGGAGAAGAGACAGCGCCUCCUGCUGUGGAUGAACGGGAGAAAGCCUCCAUAUAGGUCACAUGACACCGCAGAGCCAAUCAGACAAGAUGGAUUCCAACCAGAGUGUGAAGUCACAUGAUGAGACAUUUAUUUGGUUUUUGUUGUUGUUUAACAUUUAAGAAUUGUGUCUCUUGUAUUUCUGUGUCUUCCAGU